CUCUCCUUCCUCCCUACUCUCUCCAACUUCUCCUUCCGUUUCCUUUCUUUACUCCUCUUCUUCUUCAACCUCGAUAUCGGAUAAUAAUAGAUUCACCGUGACACUCCAAGGAAUCUUUUCUUUUUCAUAAAACGCCAAAUGAAACAACUCAUCCGCCGUCUCUCACGCGUUGCCGAUACUUCCUCCCAGUACAGACUCCUCCGUUCCGACACCUCCACACCCACGCGUCGAACCGAAUCAUUCCGCGUCGCCGUCUCCUCCUCGAAGAAGCCUGGACGCUUAUCCGUUCCCGAAGGCCACGUGCCGGUUUACGUGGGAGAAGGGAUGGAGCGGUUCGUCGUUAGCGCGGAGUUGCUGAACCACCCGGUUUUCGUUGGGUUGCUAAACAAGUCGGCUCAGGAGUAUGGAUAUGAGCAGAAGGGGGUGCUUCAUAUUCCCUGUCACGUGCUGGUUUUCGAACGGGUCAUGGAAGCGUUGAGACUUGGGGUUGAGUCACAUGACCUCGAAGAUCUCUUCCGGACUUUCUCGGACUACUGCUUUUUCGAUUUCUAGGAGGAAGAAAACGGUAACACGCUGUCGUUUUUAGUUCUGUAAAUAUAGAAGCUUAAAGCCUUAAAGAAAGAAAAAAAGGAAAAGAAAAAUAGUUUUUUUCUUCUUUCUUUCUAUUUUGUAUAGUCCUUUGAUGUAAGCUGUAAAGACUGGACAGAAAUGGAGGAAUUGUUGUUCCAUUUUUUCCCUAUAAAAUAUUGUAUUUA